UGUUGCACUUCCAAAUUACUUUCCAAUUUCCUAUAACGGAGCCUAUAUACUUUUUCUUCUUCAUUGUUGUUGAGAUGCAGGGCGAGGGUAUUAGGUGCUUGAAACUAUUUCAUGUUUCAAUAUUUGUGGUGCUAAUUUUGCUACAAUAUUGCAACCUUUCCCUAUCCCUUGAAUUCAAUAAUAUUUCUUCAGGAGUAGUAGGCCACAAGCAUAUUGCUAAGGUGCUGAAGGUGAUCAGGUGCAUAGAGAGGGAAAGGGAAGCUCUGCUUGCAAUCAAACAAGACCUCGUGGAUGACUACAAUAGCCUCUCUUCGUGGGGCAGCGAAGCCCAAAAACAAGAUUGUUGUGCAUCAUGGGUAGGAGUCUACUGUGACGAAUAUACGGGACACGUUGUCAAACUUGAUCUUAGUGGAGGAUACUUUCUUGGUGGUCGAAUAUCAAGUCAGGUUGGAAACCUUACCCACUUGCAAUAUUUUGAUUUCAAUGGGAAUGACUUUAACAAUGUAGAAAAUCUGAAUUCCUGGCUCCCUCGUCUUUCUUCUUUAACAUAUUUAGACUUGAGUUACAACAAUCUCAGUAAUGUUCCUGACUGGCUGGAAAUAGUUAGUAAGCUUCCUAAACUUACAAACUUGACAUUAAUAGGGUGUGGUCUUUCUUCUCCUGCAAUUCAUUCCAGUACUCUUUUUAACAUAAAUUCUUCUAAAUCUCUUGCUCAUGUUGAUCUCAGUUUCAACCAGCUCACAUCUUCUUCAAUAUUUGUAUGGUUGUCCAACUUCAGUACUAGCCUUGUUCAACUUGGCCUCUCUCGCAAUAACUUCACGGGUUCACUUCCUGAUGUUUGGAAACAUGAGCUCUCUUGCCUAUCUUGAUCUCUCUUAUAACCAAAUUGAAGGAGGGAUUCCACAAUCUUUUUCAGAGUUAUGUAGUUUGCAAGCAUUGCUCUUUCGCAACAACAUUUUGAGUAUACAACUUUCCAAGCUGGUUCAAACAUUAAUGUCUACAUGCCCUGAUAAGAACUCAUUAGAGACUCUAAGCCUCUCAAACAAUUCUCUUUCUGAAUCAAUUCCUAAUCUCAAAAACUUUUCGUCAUUGAAAAAAUUAGACCUCUAUGACAAUCAAUUGAGUGGAACAAUACCUGAAAACAUUGGCCAUAUGUCUUCGCUCGAGACUAUCCGCCUUGGCAUGAAUGCUUUGGAAGGUGUGGUUUCAGAAAGCCACUUCUCCAAUCUCUCCAGAUUAAUAAUUUUGGAUUUGUCCUCUACCCCACUAGCUUUAGACUUCAAUUCUAAUUGGGUUCCUCCUUUCCAAUUGGUUUCCAUAUAUUUGGGGUUUUGCAAGAUGGGUCCACAUUUUCCAAAAUGGCUUAAGACUCAGAAAAAUUAUUUGGACCUUGAUAUUUCUAAUGCAGGCAUUUCUGAUAUCCUUCCCAGUUGGUUUUGGGGCAUACUGUCUCAUGAUCAUGAAAUUGAUUAUAUAGAUCUCUCCAACAACCGAAUUAGAGGAAUAAUUCCAAAUUCAAGAUUUGAGUUUACAUCAUCUUCCCCUCCUGAUGUGAAUUUGAGUUGGAACCAAUUGGAAGGUUCAAUACCUUCAUUCCUUUCCAAAGCAUCAUCUCUUGACCUCUCCAACAAUAAGCUUUCAGGGCCAAUUUCUUUCUUGUGUCCAAAGACUCCAAACGAGGUUAGUUCAUUAUACUUUCUUGAUCUCUCAAGCAACAAUUUAUAUGAAAAACUUCCUAAUUGUUGGACACAUUUUGAAAAUCUAGCCAUUCUAGAUUUGAGUGACAAUUCCAUUUUAGGGAAAAUUCCUACCACAAUGGGCUCUUUAUCUUCUAUUCAAACACUGAAACUAAAUAACAAUAGGUUUGUUGGGGGAUUGCCUUCAUCCUUGAACAACUGUACAAGUCUCAUAGUUUUUGAAGUUGGGGAAAAUAAAUUAUCAGGUUUGAUACCUGAAUGGUUAGGGGUUGGACUUCCAAAUCUGGCUAUCCUUAUCCUCCGUUCUAAUCACUUCUAUGGAAGCAUUCCAUCACAAUUGUGUAAUAUGAGAGGCAUUCAAAUUCUAGAUUUCUCAAUGAAUAACAUCUCGGGAAGUUUACCCAAAUGCCUCAACAAUUUGACUAAUUUGGCUCAAAAAGGAAGUUCAAGUCUAACUCUCACUCAUACCUAUAAUGUAACCUUGAUUGGCAAGUGGGAGUAUUAUGAAGACGAAUCAUCCUUGAUAUGGAAAGGCAUAAUGUCCAAAUACAAAAGUACUUUGGGGCUUGUAAAGAGUAUUCAUCUGUCGAGCAACCGAUUAACAGGGGAGAUUCCUAGUGAAAUCACUGAUCUUGUGGGGUUGGUUUCCUUAAACCUAUCAAGAAACAACUUAACAGGUCAAAUAACUCCAAAGAUCGGGAAGUUGCAGUCUUUAGAUUUGCUUGAUUUGUCAAACAACCAAAUACAUGGUACAAUUCCAACAAGUCUCUUUGGAAUAUCUGGCCUUGGUAAGUUGGACUUGUCCAACAACAACCUGUCUGGAAAAAUUCCCAUGGGGUCUCAGCUUCAAACCUAUGAGCCUUCUGUUUUUUCCGGAAAUCCUCUCCUUUGUGGAAUUCCACUUGAACAAAUGUGCUCUCCUGAGGAAACAACUCCAGUGGAGCAACCGGUGGUUGAGAAUCAAGAUGAAGAUAAUGAUGAAUUUAUAACACUGGGAUUUUACGUGAGUUUGGGGCUUGGAUUUGUCGUUGGAUUUUGGGGAUUUUGUGGGAGUUUGAUAUUCAUCAGGUCAUGGAGAUACACAUACUACAAGUUCUUGAACUGUGUAUACGAUUGGCUUUAUGUAAGAGUGGCUUUGAUCGGGCGACGAAGAAUGAUUGAUGUGUAAAUUCUCGUGCAUCUACCGUUCGUAACCAUGAUCCCUUUCAGCUGGAGAAGAAGGAGAUUGAAGAGUGCAAUUUGAAGUUAUUGUUUAGUGGAAGUGUUUAGAUAAUCUUUGAGGGGUUAGGUGUUUUUAAUCCCUUUUACUAAGUUAGAUAAUCUUUGAGGGGUUAGCUGUUUUUAAUCCCUUUUACUAAGUGUACCAUUAUAUCCUUUUCAAUAAAUUUCCUUAAGAAACUUGCAAGAACUUAUUAAUCAAGUUACAGAGAGAAAAGCAAACAGAUAAUUCAAUCAA